ACAUGGAACCUCCGCCCGGGAGCUCCCUAGAAGACACCGCUUCCCGAAGCCUGGGAGACGAUGAGUUCCAAGAACGGCAGGACGCGAAGCCUACCGUGAUCUCAGUAACUGGAGGAGACAUCGGGAAGGAUCUACUGUCCGAACCUGAGCGGGGAGCAGCAGCAGCAGCAGGGGAAGAAAGCCACGGCGGCGCGGGAGCUCCCGGCCCCGUAGACGAGAUCCAGAAGGGCGGCGACGGCGGAGAGGAGCCCCCGCAGCAGCAGCAGGAGGCCCACGCGGCCACCGAGGAUCCGCAGCCCCAGGACAGGCAGCCACGCCUCCGCCACCUGUUCAUGCGGUUGGAACUGAAGGAGCUGGAGAGAGUUUUCCAACGCACCCAGUACCCCGACGUGUUCGCGCGAAAGGAGAUUACCAUAUGUGUGGAUGUGACUCAAACCGAGGCACAGGUCAGUAAACUUGAAAAAAGCAAUGUGGCUGGGCAGCCGUUUUAAAAUCUGCUUUGGGUCUUGGACACUUUUGUUCUAGACAUUCUCAAGUUGUUGCUUCGGUUACCUUUUCCAUGUUUGGGAAAUA